UCUGGUACGCUGAUCCUCCAAUCAUGGGCGAUGGGCCACGUAGCAAGAUUCCUAUUGGUUGGGGUCACGCUGUGUUUUCUGCACUUUACAGAAGCCGGCUUGAAGCGAGACAGAGCAAGGAAGGAGGCACUGCUUGGGAGAUUAUUGAAGAAGAGAAAUGUCGCUGAAAGCAUCAAGACUUGCCAACACUGGAAUAUUGUGUUAUCGGAUGACCCAAGCACCGCUGACAUUCUUGUGCGCCUGCAGAACGCGGCGGCGGUGGUGAAAAAGAUUUCUGUCGCACUAACCUGUUCGACUAUGAGGAAGCUGGUGGAACCCAAAGCACACUACCAAGUCAAACCGUCUGAGGUUCGUGACGUUUUGCUCUCCGUCUCUGUCCUUCCCGCUCAUUAUCAUUAUGGUAAUGAGGUUCGCAAGCACAGAUGUCUGCUGUCCACAUGGACCGAGGACUCAAGCAGUUACGUCGCGUGCAAGAUAGAGAUACCCGUUUGGCCAAACGGACUGUUCUAUUACAAGUGUAAUCAAUAUUCCAUAGGACAGCUAACUGUGACUGAAUCAACCUCAAGAAGCGGGACAAAAAUUAAACUUCUCAACACAGGCGAGGAAUCACUGUUCAUGGUAAACUCGACAUGUGAGCCCGCGAUAUCCACACUGACCCACACCAACAAGUUCAAGCGCCUUGACUCGGAAGAGGACUGGAACCUAGAUUUCCCUGCAUCCUGUGAUGGUCGAGUUGGGAUAAAUUACAAAGGGAACUGCAAGGUCCGUGUUUUUCACGUGUGCUUAAAGACCAUUACCUUCAUCAAGGAAGUCCAAUUUCCCUUUAAAGACGGUGAAAUAGAUGAGUGUGAGCACCGGAAGUCAGAAUACGCUGCUUACUCUCUGCACUGGCUUCCGGCUCUGCUGGGGGUCAAUGACAUGGCUACGGCGGUGUUGGUGCCUGUGAUCGUCUUUCUCGUCAUGGCAAUACUGAUCACCUUACUAAUCAAGUUUGUGAUGACGUCAUCCUUGCAUGGCACGUCAGCAGCCAGGCGGGAAUUCAGACAUCGCUUUCGAAGCAUCUUCAGGGCUCGCUUGAACAGAUUCACAAGUCUCGAAGAAUACAAGAAACAAAAAUGGCUGUUUAGAAUACCAAAUAUACGUGAAGCAAUGGAAAGCAUCAGGAGGAAACUUCACCAGAUGAGAAAAUCCUUGGGGACUUCAAGGCUCCCAUCAUGACUUAUAUGAAUGGACUCUAGCCAGCAAGACGCAUCGAUCGACAAGCCGUAGGAGACUUGCAAAUAAAGUGCUUCUUUGCGCAUUGAACAUAUAAA